AUGAACAAUCAGUUCUUACAGUUUGAAGUGUUCGCCAAAAAUAUAAACAUUGACGAACAAAUGAUCAGAUACUAUGGGCAUCACUUUUUGAAGCAAUUUUUACGUGGUAAGCCGAUUCGGUUCGGAUUCAAACAAUGGGCAAUGUGCUUUGCUGAAACUAGAUUCUGUUUACAUGCAGAGCUUUAUGAGAGAAAACAGAACCAAGCUUUCCCAGUUGGAGGUUUUGGAGCCUCUGUUAUUCUAAAACACAUUUCAUUGGUUGACAACCCUACUGAUAAUGUUUUCUAUUUUGAUAAUUUUUUCACCAGUCAUGCACUAAUGAAAAAUUUAGGAAAAAGGAAUAUAAGAGCUACAGAAACGUUUCGUUACAACAGAACCAACGAGUGCCCAUUCAAAACGGAUGAAGAAAUGAAAGCAGAAAUUCGAGGCACAUUUGAUUAUAGAUUUGAUAAAAACAAUGAUAUAUUUGCAGUAACUUCCAAAGACAAUAAUAUAGUCAAACUAUUAUCAAAUCAUCAAGGACUUGACCCAAUCCAUUUUGUAUCUCGCUAUUCCAGAACUGACAAAAAGACAGUGGCUGUGCCCUUAACAUCGUGCAUAAGUAACUAUAACAAGUACAUGGGCGGUGUGGUUAAACUAGAUUGGCUGAUAAACAAAUAUAGAAUAAAAAUUCUAAGUAAGAAAUGGUAUUUUCCUCUUAUAACAAAUUUGAUAGACAUAAUUGCUGUAAAUGCCCAUGUAAUUUAUGAAAUUGCUAAUGGAAAAAUCCCAUUCCUUGACUUGACAAUAGCAAGAACCUAUUUGGCAACGUCUUCAAUUUCUGAUCCUAAGAGGUUAGGCAGACCAAGCCUUCAUAAACUAACCAGUAAAGGUGUGCCAGAAGAUAUCCGUAAAAGCCGCGAUGGACAUUUUAUUGAAAGAACUGAAGGAGGCAAGCAAAAAAAAUGCGCUAUAUGUAAGAAAAAUGCAAGAAAAGUGCCAAAAGUGUAA